AUGGGCGGCACACCUACGGAUACGCCGACGAUACGGAAGAAGUCGGGGGAGAUCGUCAAGUCGUCGCUCAAGUCGCACAAGCGACCGAUACGCGGGGACCUGAGCGUCGUUACCAAUAUGCCGGUGCCCAAGAGCGAGCCCACGACGCCGAACCGCUCGGUGCAUUUCAGCAUGCAGCUCGCGCAGGUGAAGUUGUUCUUGGCGGAGCAGAAGCCACUUGCGGUCUCGCGGGAUGGAAGUCCCACCGACACGAGCGAGGGCGACAGCGACUUCCCGUCGUUCAUAUACGGCUCCGCCGACGAGGCGCAGACAAUGAAGGUACUCGUGAUGCACGUCGUUAAUAUGCCGAAGAGGGUCCCCAAGGACGCGGAUGUUGUAUUGGAGGAGCUCGUGCUGUCGCGGGAGAUGUCGGCCAUAACAGGUCGGGUGAAGGUUAAGAAUCUGGCGUUCGAGAAGCGGGUGGCGGUGCGUUUCACUUUUGACGAUUGGCAGACGACGAGCGAGGUCACGGGCAAGUACGUCGAGUCGAUCGAGGGCGGGGUGUACGACCGGUUUUCGUUCUCGAUCCGGCUGAGCGACAUCCUGUCGCGCAUCGAGCAGAAGACGCUGCACCUGGCGGUGCGGUACACGUCCGCCGGGCGGGAGCUGUGGGACAACAACGGCGGCGCGAAUUACCAGGCGAAGUUCUCGAAGUCGAAACCGCUUAUGACGCCUACGUCGGACUCGGAGGGCGAGAAGAGCCCCAUCGACGGCGCGGACUUGCACAGCAAGCUCGAAAAGGUCGCGAAAGGCCGCGAGACGAUUGGGUCGAUCCUGAGCAAUGCGCCCGGUAAAGCCACGAAGGAGCCGAGCAGGGCGAAGUUCACGCUCAAGUCGGAUAAGUCGCUGUCGUCGCGGUAUGAUUUUGCGACGUCGUGGAAGACGCCGUGGAAAGUGGGUGAUGAGCCCUCGCCGUCGGCCGCGCACUCGCGGACGAGCACGUACCCUUCGACUUCGUCUAACUCCAUUCCCUGGCCUACGAAGCGGAACACUGGUGCAGCCGCCCAGUCGAAGAAGACGAGCAAUCCGUUCGACCCGGCGACGUUAGCUAAAGGUUCCCCUCGGGCGCUUGACGAUGAAGAAUUCCGGCCCACUACCUACCACAUCGACUCGGACGAGGACAGGCCGUUCAAGGUCAAAGCCCCGAAGGUUGGCGCUAGGAAUCACCAGCGGGGUUAUUUUGACAUUCGUGUCUCGGAGCCUUCGGCAGUCAGGAGGACCCCGCCUGGCACGCCCAUUGUUACUACGCCUUCUCUCGAACUUGGGCAGCCCGACCGAUCCCCGUUGCAGAGAUUCAACUCGUUCCCUCCCACUGCAGCGGAGGUCAGUAGGUCGCCUCGUAGUCCCUCUGGCUCGCGCUCUCCUAAUUGGACGGCUUUCCGCCAUGUGAUGAGGACUAAUAGCGAUGAGUCGACGCCCUCGAUCAUGUCGCCGUCCAACUCGUCCUCUUCUUCAUCCCCUGAUGGUACUCCACCAUACGAGUCCUCACCUUCUGGCAGGGAGGGUGACGAAUCGAACAGUUACAGCGCGUUCUUGAACCGGUUCUGUUUUUAUACCGGCUCUGAUACCUCGCUCCUCGAUGUCACGGUUGAUACUGUUCCACGCUCGCACUCAGAUCCCAGCAUCGAUGGGUACUUUUCGUCCCCUCCAAGCAACUUGUCCCCGUUCGCCUUCGCUACUCCGACUCGUUCAGCCAGCAUGGACGACGUCGUGAGGAGCGGCUCGUCGACUCCUUUGGCUGGCGGUGUCGCGGCUUGCUAG